CUAAUCAUGCAGUCCAACAAAGUUCUCUUCCUUGUCUUUGGUGUCCUGGCCCUGGUCAUAGCCGCCAGCCUAUCCUCUGAGGCUGUGGAGCAGGAUAGCGAAGGUAUCAGUGAUCGUCGCUAUCGUUGGGCUUCGGAAGAGGACAACUCCGAGGACUCGGAAGACUCAGCUGAUGCCGAGGACGAUGAAGAUCAGGGAGAUCAGGAUGAUCAGGGUAACAAUUCUGAUGAGGAUGAUCAGGGUAACAAUUCUGAUGAAGAUGGCGAGUGGGAAGAGGAGAUUAUCGAAUACGUACCAGCCGGAGAGUCCUGGGAAGAUCUGGAGAAUGGAUCUGAUGAAGCUUAA